GGUUAGCAUGGCUGACUGGUUAGCAUGGCUGGUCUUUGUUAGCAUGGCUGGUCUGGUUAGCAUGGCUGACUGGUUAGUAUGGCUGGUCUGGUUAGCAUGGCUGGUCUGGCUUAGCUUCAGUAUUAGCUUAAAACAGAGCUAGCAUUUAACAACCUGCUGCGCUGUUUAACAGAAGUUUCCUAAGAUAAAACCAGGAUUUUUUACAGGACACUUCAGUUCAGGAAAUCAUCAGCAGACCUCUAACAUGGUGAACAGGGUGUGGUUUGGGACGGCUCAGAAAAAUCCCCUCUUUGUAUGUACUACACCUUAACCUUAAACAGGGUCCCUUAGAGGGACAAACCGAGACCUGGACAGAUGGAGCAGGUCGGUGGUGCUCAGGCCGUGGGUAAGGUGGUGGUUGUGAAGUCUGAUGCAGUAAACACAGAGCUGGUAGUGCAUGGUGGUGGAGGCUCUGAGCGUGUGCAGUUCUGCACUUGGCCGUGUAAGUGUGGACCGAGGCCGCAGUGCGCUCCGGGAAUCAGCGCCGUGUUGGACGGCUGCGGCUGCUGUAAGAGCUGCGCACGACAGAUCAAAGAACCCUGUAAUGAGCGGGACGUGUGUGAUCCACACAAGGGCAUGUACUGUGACUUCUCACGAGACAAGCCACGCUUCCAGCUUGGGGUGUGUGCAUACAUGAUGGCAGUGGGCUGUGAUCUAAACGGCGUUCACUAUGAGAACGGCGAGGCGUUCCAGCCCACUCCCCUCUAUAAGUGCACCUGUAUUGGCGGAGCUAUCGGCUGUAUGCCCGUGUUUAUCCACAAGCCUGUGGUCAUGCUGGUGCCUGCGUCCUCACAGAGCAACCUGGUCCCCGCUGGGCUACGGGCCAAACCACCACAGGACAGGAGCAUGUCAGCUUACAGGGCUCCUCCUUUAGUCAAGAUGAAGGGAUGUGUGGUUCAGAGUACACCCUGGUCUCCAUGCUCACGCUCCUGUGGCUUCGGCAUCUCCAUCCGCAUCUCCAACCACAACACCAAGUGUGACAUGAGGAAAGAGCGCCGCCUGUGUCUGCUCCGCCCCUGUGACAAAAAGAGCCUGAAGAUCCCAGCGGGGAAAUCGUGCAAGCCGGCGUUCCAGGCGAAGAAGGCAGAGAAGUUCAGUCUGUCAGGCUGCAUGAGCAGCAGGAAGUACCGCCCGCACUACUGUGGUGUGUGUGCUGACAAACGCUGCUGUGUCCCAAACCGCUCAAAGGUAGUGAAGGUGGAGUUCAAGUGCACUGGUGGAGCCAGUGUGCAGUGGAACAUGCAGUGGAUCACGUCAUGUGUGUGUGAGAGAAAGUGCAACAACCCGGGAGACAUGUUCUCCCAGCUCCACUUACUGUGACACACACACACAUCACUGCUGUAACACACACAGCUGUGUCGCUGUAAUAAACACUUAACAACUCA